AUGAAGAAUAUCCAGACUUUAGGAGUCGCUGUCCACGACAGUCCUAAACCUGCCAAAGUGGAGGACCCGGGAUGCCUGUGGGCGCGGGUCCUGAGAGGAGCAAGCGUUCAGCCGGACAGCCCUGAGGAGUACGAGCAGCUGAGGGUGCAGAUGAACCUCUUCUACCACGAGGUCAACAUGGACCUCCAGAAGCUGAAGCCGGCAGAACUGAAGCAGGGGCUGUUCUGGCAGUUCGGCGAGUGGCUGGACGUGGUGAUUGAUGACCGUCUGCCGGUGAAGGAUGGGAAGCUGUUGUUCGUUCACUCAGCGGAGGGUGGAGAGUUCUGGAGCGCUCUGCUGGAGAAGGCCUACGCCAAGCUGAACGGCUGUUACGAGGCUCUGUCGGGCGGCAGCACGUCCGAGGGCUUCGAGGACUUCACAGGCGGGGUCACCGAGAUGUACGAGCUGAAUAAAGCGCCCGCUGACCUCUUCAGCAUCAUCGGCCGAGCCGUGGAGAGAGGCUCGCUGCUGGGCUGCUCUAUCGACAUCACCAGUAAGUUCGACAUGGAGGCGGUGACCUUUAAGAAGCUGGUCAAAGGUCACGCGUACUCAGUGACUGGAGUGGAAGAGGUGGUCUACAGGGGAAGCAUGACUAAACUGGUGCGCAUCAGGAACCCGUGGGGGGAGGUGGAGUGGACGGGAGCCUGGAGUGACAACUCUCGGGAAUGGGACAACGUGGACCGCUCCGUCCGGGGCCGCUUACAGAACCGCAGCGAGGACGGAGAGUUCUGGAUGUCGUUCAGUGAUUUCCUGCGCGAGUUCAGCCGCUUGGAGAUCUGUAACCUGACGCCGGACGCUCUCCAGGCGAGUCAGGUGAAGAAGUGGAGCACGUCGCUCUAUCAGGGCGAGUGGAGGAGAGGCAGCACGGCUGGCGGCUGCAGGAACUUCCCAGCCACGUUCUGGAUCAACCCUCAGUUCAAGGUGGCCUUAAAACAUCCGGAUUCUCCUGGCCAAUCAGAUUGCAGCUUCCUGGUGGCGCUGAUGCAGAAGGACCGCAGGAAGAAGCGGAGAGAAGGAGAGGACAUGGAGACCAUCGGGUUCGCUAUUUACGAGGUGCCAAAUGAGGUACGAUGAGAGGCCUUUUGAAUGACUGUGAAUUUUAGAUUGAGAUAUUUCAGAGUUUUGAAGCUCUUUAAAUACUGUAGAACAUGGAGAGAAAAAGCAUUUGGUCCGUAAAGGUAAAUAAGAUCAUCUUGAGGACACUGGGUCUGUUUCACUAAUAGUUGCAUGGAUUAUUCAUAUUCAUACUCAUACUUCUCACACAAAAUGUCUGCCUAAUUCCUAACACAUGCAUACACAUGUGAAUAUGUUCUUAACCUCCUUCUAAUGUUAAUGAAUUUGGAGUACUCUAAAUGAGUGACCUCAUGACCAAGGUUAGUCAUUUGCUUAAAACGCACACACCGUCUC